UUGAUGUAUGAUAGCAGGCCGGGCGUGCACGUUGUGCCGACUGAAACAGUGUGACACCACAGAUGGAUCCCCUGUGCAAUGGAAUCAAGAAAGCUGAGGGCAGUGAUCUUGUUGUAGAUCCGCGGGCCCCUCCCGCUAAGCUGGCGCGACUGGAACAACACGAGGUGGGACCGUCGAGCCAGGAGAGGAGCCGGCAGGGAAGUCCUGUGGCCAUAAACCCCUGCCUGGCCCAGAAACCUACCGCAGUGAGGCCACAGGGCAAGAGCUGGCACACCAGAGGGAGCCUGCUGCCGGUGUUCUGCGUGGUGGAGCACAGGGAAAGCCUGUUGGAGGGAGAGAGGAGGGAAGAGCAUGCUGAGUUUGUGUUGGUCAAGAGAGAUCUGCUGUUUAACCAGCUGAUAGAGAUGGCCCUGCUCACACUGGGAUACUCGCACAGCUCUGCCGCACAGGCUAAAGGUCUGAUCCAGGUGGGCAGGUGGAACCCGGUGCCUCUGUCCUGCGUAACAGAUGCUCCAGAUGCCACAGUGGCCGAUAUGCUGCAGGAUGUUCACCACGUUAUCACCCUUAAAAUACAGCUGCACAGCUGCCCCAAGCUGGAGGACUUGCCAGCGGAGCAGUGGAGUCACUCCACAGUGAGAAACGCUCUGAAGGAGCUCCUCAAGGACAUGAACCAGAGCUCCCUGGCCAAAGAGUGUCCACUGUCCCAGAGUAUGAUAUCAUCUAUUGUAAAUAGCACUUACUAUGCAAAUGUGUCAGCUGCCAAGUGUCACGAGUUUGGUCGAUGGUACAAGCACUUCAAGAAGUCCAAGUGCUUCAAGGACAUUGACGCUUUCUCUGACCAGUCCACACAUAUCACCCUGACCCAGCAGCCAGUCACCGGUAGCCCCACUGAUCAGAGCUCGACCCUUAUUUUCCCUCGUGCUGCCGUAGCCAAUAUUCGCGGUCGCUCCCCGCUGAGUCUGCACCCUCCCGCUCUGGUGACCCAGCCUCUCAGCUCCCACAUGGUCAACCAGCAGCUGGUGAUGGCCCAGUUUCUCAACCAGCAGUAUGCUGUCAGCCGCAUGCUAGCCGGCCAGGGUCUCUCGUCGUCACCACAGCAGUAUCUCAACCACCCGCCCGUAGGGAGGCCUCCUGCCACGGUCUUCUCCAAAGCCCCGGAUUCCCAAACCCCACAGCAGGCCCAGUGUGGCCCAGGGGGAGGCCCUGCAGCCGGGCUGCAAAAUCAGACAUCGGCAGGGUCUUCUUUGGGACCCACAGACGUGCCAAGCGACAUCUACCAGUGUGUGAGGGAGGAACUGAAGCGAGCGGGCAUCUCCCAGGCCAUCUUUGCUCGGGUGGCCUUUAACAGGACCCAGGGUCUGCUCUCAGAGAUCCUGCGAAAGGAGGAGGAUCCCAAACAUGCCUCCCAGUCUCUGCUGGUCAACCUGCGGGCCAUGUACAGCUUCCUGCAGCUCCCCGAGGCUGAGAGGGAGAGAUUCUACCAGGAGGAGAAGGAGAGAAGCCUGACUGGGUUCACGCCUACCUGCAACAACACACCACCCAGAUCCACACAGGCAAGACUGUCCCCAAUUACAGCAGACAGAGGGCUGAGGACAGACAGCUGUGUUCUCAGUGUCAGCGCCUCCAUCUAUGAGGACAUUCAGCAUGAGAUGAAGAGAGCCAAGGUGUCUCAGGCUCUGUUUGCAAAGGUGGCCGCCUCCAAGAGUCAGGGCUGGCUGUGUGAGCUGCUGCGAUGGAAGGAGGAUCCCAGCCCAGAGAACCGGACCCUGUGGGAGAACCUGUGCAUGAUCCAGCGGUUCCUCAGCCUGUCGCAGACUGAACGAGAUGCCAUCUACGAACAGGAGAGCAGCAACAUGACAGCACAGCAGCACUGCGCUGACAGGCUCUCACUGCUCAGCAAUGACAAUACACUGUAUCAGCGAAACUCCCCGAUGCCACAGCAACACCAUCUUCAGCCCCAUCAGCCACUGCAGCCCGAGGCCGGACCUCAUCUGUCUCCACGGCAACCCUGCACCGCAUCACCGGCGGAGGCCGACGCCGGGGCCACCUGGGGGCAUUUGAGAGUACGAUUGCAGGGCAGAAGCAGCAGUAGUGACAGAGGGGACAGUAAGGACUGGGUUGAGGGGGGAAGAGGGGACAGGGGCAGUCUGGGCGGGGACUGGGGUUGUACUGGAAGACUGAGGGACAACAGCACAGAGAGCGGUGAGCAGGUCAGGGAUGGAAAUGUGGCCAAGGAAGGCAUGGAUGACAUCACUGGAGACAACAAAAAGGGCAAGGUUAAGGAGAAGCUGUCUGUGAAGUGGCCCAGUGUGAAGAAUGAGGACCACGGUGGGGUUGGGGUUUGCUCCGGGGCAGAUCAUAACGGAGGUCGAGAUGAAGUCCGAGGUGAGGGGUUGAACGUGUCCAGUGAGGCCUUGGGAAUCCUGCAGAGCUUCAUCCAGGAUGUGGGCCUCAACCCAGACGAGGAGGCGGUCCACACUCUGUCUGCACAGCUGGGCUUACCCAAACACACCAUCCGCAGCUUCUUCAAUAGCCAAUACCGAGGACAAAUCCAAGACCGCAGCUGGAGCCCAAAACACAGUCAGGACAACCAGCACGGCUGUACAGACCCGAACCCCUCACAGGCAGAUGCAACUACACAGGAACUGGAAGAGGAAGGCGAUGAAAAGACUGAAACUGAGCAAAAGGAGGAGGAGAAGCAAACAGGGAGAAAUGAAACAAGCGAGGUAACUGUUUUGAAAGAACUGGAUGUCGGCACUCAAACCCUUCCUCCUAUGAAGGAGGAGCAGGAGAGUCACAUCUGACCCAGUGACAGAGCUUGAAGAAGCCAUAUGUUCCCUGUGAGCCACAAAACAGGUGCUUUUCUUCUCUAAAUAUGCCGCAACCCUGGUACAAACGCAACUUAGCCACAGUUGCACAUCGUUGCGGUACAGAUUCACAGUGUUUCAGUGUUGAUUUGUUUUUUGGCGUGUGACACUGUGGAAAGACUCAUUCUUACUGUUUCUGCCACAGCUUUCAUGAGCAGAGACUUAUAUGAUGUAUUUAUAUAGAAAGCUGUUGUGUGAUUUGAGGAUCCUUAAUGCACUUGAGACAGAGUUUACUGUGACUAUGUGUACAGAUAAUGUUUCUGUGUGUAGAUACAUGUCUGAAAUAAUGGGAGCCAAUACAAUGAGCCUCAGAUUACAUAUCACUAUUUAAAAAGAGUAAUUGAUUGACUGAUGUACAUUUUUGAGAAAUGUUCAUACCAGAAAUGCCUUGUAGAAAGUGGCACUGCCAAUCAGUUGUUUUUUGUUUAGUUUUUUUUAAUGAUCCAUGUUUCUAUUUUUAUUUUUACUACAUUUUAAAACAUGGUUUGGCUCAGACUUAAGUCAUUUAAAGCUGUUUCCUUCAUGAAUCUCACUGUUUAUGUUUGUCUGUCACAUCAUAUUAAAUAUCAAGUUUCCUGUUUUUGCUUUGAAUUCAAUGUUUAUUAG